CAAGUGAGCUGAAUCCAUUCGAACCCAGCCCUUCAUCAUUCAAAAAUUACAACUUACAGUACCUUCAGGCAACUCUCCAACUUCUUUCACAGCUGCAAUCUGAAGGCUUUUUCGAUGCUGCAGUAAUUCUGUUUGGAUCAACCUGCUUUCUGUGGAACUAUAUUCUGAACGUAGCGAGACCUAACCGAUUGUUGCUCUAAAUUUCUUCAACAGAAUUAUUUGUGCUGAGAAAUAUGCACCUGGAGAACAAAAACCAGAUCGAGAUAGAACUAGCACAGAAAGCAGAUCCCCCUCAAAUGACUGUGAUUGACCACUUCAGAAUGUCAGCUGAGAACAGAGAUUGUGAGAAUCUGAAGCUUCUGGAAGGCUUUUGUGAGCUUCUGCCUAGCCAGGAUGGAGAACAGGGUUGCUACCGGAAUGGAGCUGUAGCAUGUGAGCAGUACACUCUCUACUGUGAAGAAGCCAGCCCAGUCAUUCAACAGGAGCGGCUCCAGUCCAGUGCAACAAGGAAUUUAGAAUACCAACUCUUCAACUCCAAGUUGCAAGGCAAUGAUUUCAAUGAUAAAACACCGUUAUUGAAUGGUAUAUCUGAAGGGAAUGGGAGAAAUUACCUGACUCUUUAUGAAACAGAUCCUGAUGAAUCAUGGGAAUGCAGCUCAGGUGAACUGGAGCAACGAGGCCGACUGGGGAGUGAGGUUGGCUGCUUGUCUGCAUCUAACUCCACUGAGAAAUGUGACAUCUUGGAUAGUCUCCACCUGAACUUCAUACUUCCUAACAAGCUGAGAUGUGUUUUAAAAGUUCUGAAGAUUUCCAGUCUCUUCAUCUUUGUUGUUAUUUGCUCAGUUUUGUUUAGCUCUUACCCAGGGCAUGGGAAUCGUAGACAAAUGGUAACUGUUUCACCAUUGGAAAACACAUUUUUAAACCUCUCAAACUUUGAAGGCAAUGCUCUUCUCAAACUGGAAAUUGCAGGACCAUUUGAAGAAGGCCAAAUUCACAGCAACAGAGACGAAUACAUCAGCAUUCAAGUUGAACAGGUCGAAGAUGGUGGCAGAAGGAGGAGGAGGCGUCAGCAGCUGGUGCACAAUUGGACAAUUCCAUUAAAUCCACAACGGAAUCAACUCCUCCAGACAAAGACUUUUGAGAUGGCCAGCAGCGAUGAAAUCACUUUGAGUAUACAAGCCUUCCUCAAGGACAGUGAAAUGGUUCCACUCUCCAUUCAUCACCAUUAUCUCUAUGCAAAUGUUGAGACUCAAGUUGCCAUCGCAUCCGUCAUUUUGGCUGGAGUCUACGCACUUAUAGUAUUUGAGAUUGUUCAUCGAUCUUUGGCUGCUAUGUUGGGAUCCCUGGCAGCUUUGGCUGCCUUGGCUGUGAUUGGUGAUAGACCAAGCAUGGUUACAGUUGUGGAGUGGAUUGACUACGAAACACUGGCAUUACUGUUUGGAAUGAUGAUUUUGGUGGCAAUAUUUUCAGAAACUGGCUUUUUCGAUUACUGUGCUGUCAAGGCUUACCAAUUGUCGAGAGGAAGAAUCUGGGCCAUGAUUGUCAUUCUGUGCCUUAUUGCUGCCAUUCUAUCGGCUUUCUUGGACAAUGUCACUACAAUGCUUAUCUUCACACCAGUAACCAUAAGGUUAUGUGAAGUGCUCAAUCUGGACCCUAGGCACGUGCUGAUCGCAGAGAUUGUCUUCACGAAUAUUGGCGGAGCGGCCACAGCUGUUGGGGAUCCACCAAAUGUCAUCAUCGUUUCCAAUCAGCACCUGCAAAAGAAAGGCCUUGAUUUUGCUGCAUUCACUGGCCACAUGUUUGUUGGAAUUGUCUUGGUUCUCCUCGUGUCAUUUCCCGUCUUCAGACUGCUUUACUGGAACAAAAAGCUCUACAACAAGGAACCAAGUGAGAUUGUUGAGCUGAAGCAUGAGAUUCAUGUUUGGAGACUCACAGCUCAGCGCAUUAAUCCUGCCAGUCGAGAGGAGACAGCAGUGAAGUGCCUACUCAUGCAGAAGGUGCUCAAUCUGGAGAACAUGCUCCGGAAAAAGCUUAGGACUUUUCAAAGACAAAUUUCACACGAUGACAAAAACUGGGAAACUAUCAUUCAGGAACUGCAGAAAACACACAGGAUAAUGGACAAAGCCCUCCUGGUUAAAUGCUCAAUAGUUUUGGGAUUUGUUAUCUUCAUGUUCUUUCUCAACUCGUUUGUUCCCAGAAUUCAUCUUGAUCUCGGUUGGAUCGCAAUGUUGGGUGCAAUAUGGCUUCUGGUGCUGACUGAUAACCAUGACUUUGAGAUUAUACUGCACAGAGUUGAAUGGGCAACGCUUCUUUUCUUUGCUGCACUCUUUAUCCUCAUGGAGGCACUGGCUAACCUGCAAUUGAUUGACUACAUUGGAGAGCAGACAGCUACAUUGAUAAAGUCUGUUCCGGAAGAACAAAGACUCCCUGUCGCUUUAAUCCUCGUCAUUUGGGUCUCUUCUCUGGCCUCAUCCCUGAUAGAUAAUAUUCCGUUUACAGCCACUAUGAUUCCCGUGCUGUUAAAUCUGAGCCAGGACACAGAUGUAAACCUACCUGUGAAGCCAUUGAUUUUUGCAUUGGCGAUGGGAGCCUGUCUGGGAGGCAAUGGAACAUUGAUCGGUGCUUCCACUAACGUGGUAUGUGCAGGAAUAGCAGAACAGCAUGGCUAUGGUUUCUCCUUCAUGGCCUUUUUCAGACUCGGCUUUCCGAUGAUGCUUGUUUCCACAACUAUUGGGAUGUGCUACCUCCUCGUUGUUCAUGUUGUACUGGGAUGGAACUCGUGAACUGACUUCAAAAGAACAAAGGGAGCACUGUCCUUGGAGGAUGAUGCUUACUUUCAACACCUUAUGAAUCAAGCGACAUUGAGCAACACUGCAAAAUGAACCAACAGUUCAAUUCACAGAUUUAAGCUAUUGACGGGUAUUUUUGAGACCAUUUUCCAACUCUGCCCUGCAACCUUGUCUAUAGACUGUAGCAAUCGAGAGUAUGAAAUGUAACAUAAAACCAACAACAAGGGAAUAAUCUUCAUGGCAAAACAUCAUGUACUGCUAACAUUGCUUAAGCAGAGGCAAACUUAAAUGUCAUUAAAAUUUACACAUUGUAAUUUGUUCAAAAUCUGCAAAUGCUACUAGUUCUUUCUCUUUGCAGUGAACAACUACCUUGAGUAUUUCUAAUGUUUAUUUACCACUAAAAUGAAGCAACUGAAGUUUAUGUCGAUAUGACAAAUAUAUACAGGUUAUAACAAAAUAAUGUGUUUUGAAAUUUUAAAUAAAACCUGUUCUAGCAAACAAA